AUGAACCUAACCAGCUCGCUUCACCCUGCUGCAGCAGCAGCAGCAGCAGCAGCAGCAGCAGCUGUGGGAGUGCUGCCCGGCGGCCCCGGCUCGCCCCCGCCCUACUUCCUGCGCAGCAGCAGCAGCCCCGAGCCCUACGCGCGGGGCGCGAGCAGCAGCAGCGCGGCCCCCAGCAGCAGCAGCAGCAGCAGCAGCAGCAGCAGCAGCAGCAGCAGCAGCAGCAGGCGCUGGGCCCGGGAGGCCCCGCAGCUGGGCGAAGGCGGCAACUGGCAGUGCCACAUUUGCUUCAAUGUUAACUACCCCCGGCGAGUUUGCUGCAACAGAUGUGCAGCAGCAAGAAGUGAAGAAAACUCUGCUGCUGUUCGGGAGUUUUUGCUGCUGAAGGAUGGCUUCCUCAAGAUGGGCCUUGACCAGCAAACAGCAGCAGCAGCAGCAGCAGCGCAGCAGGCCGCCAACGCCUGCAGCAGCGCCGCGCAGCUCCCCGCCCCCGCGCCCAGCUGCAGCAGCAGCAGCUGCAGCAGCAGCAGCAGCAGCAGCAGCAGCAGUGGCGGCAGCAGCAGCAACGCUGCCUCUGCUGCGCUUGCGAGCGAGACAGACGCCACGCUCCGCCUUUUGUCUUACCCGCUCGAGCAGCAGCAGCAGCAGCAGCAGCAGCAGCAGCAGCAGCAGCAGCAGCAGCAGGCGCUGCUGCGGCGGCCCGCCUCCUUCGAGCAGCAAGACCUGAAGCAGCUGCUGCGGCAGCGGCCCCCGCGCGUCCACUGCAGCCAAGUGCUGCAGCAGCUGCAGUGCGACCGCCCGCAGCAGCAGCAGCAGCAGCAGCAGCAGCAGCAGCAGCAGCAGCAAGAGCAGCUGAAAGUGGUGAGGGAGGAGGAGCUGAAGAUGAGCGGCAUCAGCAGCAGAGAAACUUCAGGGGGUUUGCUGCGCUCGAGCAGCAGCAGCAGCAUGGAGUGCUGCCCAGGCGAAGACGCGGGCCCGUACCUCAGCAGCAGCAGCAGCAGCAGCAGCAGCAGCAGCAGCAGCGAGGAGCUGCAGGACAUCCAGCUGAAGGCUGGGGAGCUGGUGGACAUUUUGCUGCAGGAGUUUGCGAUUUCGGAGCAGCAGGAGCAGCAGCAGCUGGCGCUGCAGCCGCAAGGAGGCGCAGCAGCAGCAGCAGCAGCAGCAGCAGCAGCAGCAGCGAGCGCAGCAGCAGCAGCAAAGGCGGAGGCGGUGCUGCGGGCGGCGCUGGGUGCGCUGUCGCAGCGGUGGGGCGGCGGGCUGCCUGCAGCAUUUGCGCAGCAGCAGCGGCAGCUGCAGCAGCAGGAGGAGGAGGAGCAGCAGCAGCAGCAGCAGCAGCAGCGGCAGCAGCAGAAGCAGCAGCAGCUGCUGCAGCAGCUGUGCUGCCCGCAAAUGCUGGCGCACCCCGACGAGUUCAAAAACCCGUCUUCGUUCCUGAAGAUCUACGGCGACCCGCUGUGCGCGCUGUCCACCAGCAGCAGCAGCAGCAGCAGCAGCAGCAGCAGCAGCAGCAGCAGCAGCAGCUCGCCGCUGCCCAACCGCGCAGGCAACUGGGGGCGGGGGGCGGGCGGGGAGGCGGGGGCUGCGCUCGCGACGCAGCCGGCAAGGGGCAGGGGACCGCUGCAGCAGCAGCAGCAGAAACUGCUGCUGCAGCAGCAGCAGCAGCAGCAGCUCGGCGGGCAGCAGCUUCUGCAGCCGCAGCAAACGCUCCUGCAGCAGCAGCAGCAGCAGCACCUGCUGCUGCACCUGCAGCAGAAGCAAACCAAAGUGCUCAGCACCAACGCCAGCGGCCUCUGCGGAAACGCCGAACCAACCGAAACUGCUGCUGCUGCUGCAGCAACUGCAGCAGCAACUGCAGCAGCAACUGCAGCAGCAGCAGAUGCUGCAGCCGCAGCAGCAGCAGCGCCAGCGGGAGGACCAGCGCCCAAGCAACUGCCACAAGCAGCAGCAAACGCAGGGCCUGCUGCUUCCAGCGCCUGCUGUCUGCUGCAGCAGCAACAAAAGACGCAGCAGCAGAAGCAGCAAGAGGGAAACCACCACGCUCGGCCAGCAGCAGCAGCAGCAGCAGCAGCAGCAGCAGCAGCAGCAGGCGCUGCUCUUGUAGAGUCGAGUAAAAUCUCCAUGCAAUAG